GUAAAGAGUCAUCUGCUUGUUUACUAGGACUUUCUUCCAUCCUGGUUGAUUGCUCCAAUUAUUGCUCCUACCCCCUUUGAUCUUGUAGUGGAAUUCUUUCUUAAGAUGAGAAGGGUCACAGUCACUAAUUUGUAGCUCCUGGCUGAAACUGGUUGGUCGUAGUCCCAGCAUGAACCAUCAAGUGAACCAAACCAACGAACCACGAGGUGGUGCGAAAAACAAACAAACUCGCGACGUGUUGCACUAUCACAAAUCUCGUCUCUCGCCUUUCGAAGGUCCAUAUAUACUGUCAUUAGCUAGCUAGGUCCAAUCCUAAUCAUCCACCAUGAGCCGCCAAGAUAAGCACUUUACUGCCGACUGGGACAGCUUUGACGGCGACGAUGGCAGCGACUACUAUUCGGAAGAAGGAGAUUUCUCUCAAGACAUGUCGGUGGGAACGGAUCACAGUCCAGUGGAUGUAGCGGCAUUCCCUUCCUCCGUCAAGACGGCGAUGUCGAUUCGACAAGAAUUCGAGAGCGCCAAGUCCAUGGAGCAAAAGAUAGCAGCACGAUUAUCGCUUCCUUCUACCAAUAGACGAAGCACAAUCAGUGGAACCGCACCUGCCAAAACUAAUCGAUUGCCCAAAAAGAGCCGGUCAUUAGAGGGCGCUGCCAAAAAGGCUGUUGCGGCUCUGGCAUCUCAAACCCCAGAGGAUCGACGAUUGGUACGACGAACUAAGAGUGACUUGAAACCGAGAGGAUCCCGCGAAUCAGAAGAAGCAGGACCACCACGACGAGGCCGACGCCAUGGCGGUCGUCGUACUGGUACUAGUAGCGUGGAGCACAGCAACAAUAGCAGCAGCAACAGCAACAACGACAACAGUAGUCCUCGCAAAAGCCCUCGCAAAAGCAGUCGGCGACAAAGCGGAGCCAAGAAGGUAGAAGAGAGUCCCUUGGAGCGAGCGCAACGAAUCAAGGAACUCAGUCUGGCGUUCCAAGCAGCAACCAUGCUAGAGAAGAGCAUAGCACCCAAAACUGAACACCUCAAGAAAGAUGUCCUCAUGUGAGGCGAACACCGAACACCAGCAAGAUUGAUUGGAUCACUUGCAUGUUCUCUCCAUAACGUACAGGCAUUGCUUUCGAAUUUUAACAGACAAGAGGUUGUUCUAGUAUUAUUUUGUAACUUUUAAAAAUACUUUCAUGCG